AUUCAGAUCGGGCUCCUCGGGCUGGCGCGGUCGCUGCAGCUGGACUUGGAAGACAUCGCGGAGAAGGCGGACACGUCGUCGCCGGAGGGUCUGCACUACGUCCUCGAGGAGACCGUACUCGCGCUGCUGCGGAACCCGGAGUACUGCGUGUACGGACACGCGGAGUGCGCGGUGGUGAAGGGCCCGGAGGCGGCGGAGGACGCGUUUAACGAGUUCUCCAUGGACGAGCGCGGAAAGUUCGCGGAGGAGACGCUCGUGAACGUGAACGCACGGAAACGAGCCGUUUCGUCGUCCGCGGCCGCGGGCGGCGACGAGCAGAACAUCAACGAGUACAUCCUCGUGACGAUCAUCGCCGCCGCGGACGGGAACGUGAAGCUGCCGGAGAUUGUGGACAGCGCGGCGUUGCGGACGGCGUUGAAACGGUUGGGCGCGAUCAGAGUCGACGCGUUGCAAGCCGUGGAGGUGCUGUGGACGCCGCAGGAGGAGGGGGACACGCUCACGGAGGACGAGCUCCUGCGGGAUUACCCGCAGUUGAACAUCUUGUGA